AUGCUGGUCAACGUCGUCCGUCUCACUUUUGUAGUUCUUCUCAUCUGCGGCCAUGCUCACGUCCAAGCCGCCGUAGAUACCACUCUGUACGGAACUAUUCGCUCAGGCGGGCCGACAGCGACUACCAAACCCACGGCAGCCACCGGAUCAGACUCGGCUAGUCUCACUGCACUUGCCGCACAGGCAGCAGCUGAGGGCGCUGCUAACGACACUGUAGGCGUCCUGGGAGAAUCAACCGCGGCGUCUCCCUUUACAAGCCCUGCCGCUUCUUCCCCUGUGGAGGAGCAGAAGGCGGCUGACACGAAGGCGGAGUCGGGGCUGUCGUCGGCUCCUCUGUCGUCGAAAGGCGAUGCUUCAGGCGUCUCGACGCAAGAGGAAGGGGGCGCCGCUCCGGCGGGUCCGCCCUCCUCGCGUUCAUCCGGCGUGCUAGAAAACGACGUGAGUCAGUGGCACACCGCCCGGAAGGGAGAAGAGUUGGUCUACCAGAGUGACAGACACGGGACGCCGCUGCACGCCGAGCCUCCUCACGACCACCUGCGCGAACACUAUCCGCAGUGCCCUGCGGACUGCUUGGAAGACUGGAUUGCAGACGGCUGGUGUGACUCGGAAUGCAACAUUGCAGAGUGCGGCUACGAUGGACCCGAUUGCCAAGGGUGGUGUGGAGGCGAGUGCAGACCGGGAUGGCCCGGCGACGGCCAGUGCGACUUGGAGUGCUACAAAGAAGAGUGUGACUGGGACGGUGGGGAUUGCCCUGCGUGGUCUGGUCGCAACUUGCCGAGUAUCCACACACUGCAGCGAAAAAUUGAAGAAGGGGUGGCGCAAGGCGAUGACGCGGAAAGCGUCAUCUCCUCACUGCUCAAAGCGGACCUCGGCUUGGCGGAUUGCGAGUGUGCCAGAGGCAAGCUCGGAAACGGCGUCUGCAAUCCAGAGUGCAACACGUAUGAGUGCCAGUUCGACGGUUUCGACUGCAGACAAAUGUGCUCGCUCGAGUGCCCACACGUGUGGCUCGGCGAUGGGAAGUGCGAUAAAGAGUGCGACAUUCCCGAGUGCUACCACGAUAAGGGAGACUGCGAGACGUGCGGAGAGAACUGCCGCACGUGGAUGAUCGGGAACGGCAUGUGCGACCCCGCAUGCAACACGCGAGAGUGCUUCUUUGACAACGGAGACUGCAACGGCAUAACGGCAGUUAUUGCCGUUGAUUACGACGCCAAGCCCUACGUGUACCAGUUCUGCGCAAGGGAGUUCAUUGGGGACGGAAACUGUGACGAAAACUGCUAUAACGAAGAAAGCGAGUGGGACGGGGGUGACUGCAGAGGCACUCCGCUGGCGAAACGCCUUGCAGCCGAAGGGGUAGGGCCCCAGUUUGCCUCGACCAAGAAGGACACGGGAAAGAAAGUAGACGUCGAGCAAAAGUCGAGCGCGGACAAAACAAAGACGGCGAACCCCAGCGUGGAGCAAGACAAACUCACCGAAGAAGGAUCACUCGCAAACGUCGACGAACAUGCCAAACAAACAACUACGGCAGGUGACAGCGUGAGCCAGGAAGUGGAGCAGAGGUUGCUGAAGGCCUCGGCCUCCAACUGA